CUUCCGGUCUUUGAAAAGCAGGGUGUGUGUGUGUGUGUGUGUGUGUUGGCAAACUUAAGAAGGCCAGGCAGGGGGAAGAAGACACCAGGUCGUGCCAGAAAUGGCUCGCUUCGGUAACAAGCUGAGCUCCUACUCUAUCGCUCAGCUGUCCGAACUGCUCGAAGACGACGAGAAGCUCAACCAAAUAGUUCAGGACCUUGAAGAGGUGCAGGAGGUGCAACAGAAUAAGGAAACGAUCCUGGCAAGCAACCGGAGCCUGGCCGAGCAGAACCUCAAGCUGCAACCCAGAUUAGACCAUCAGAAGAAUGAGCUCACGAAGCGCUACCGCUGCCUGCAGGAACAAUUCGAGGCCUUCCAACUUCGCAAGUCCACGCUAGACCACAUGUCUGGCAACACAUCUUUGGAUACAUUACUUGCAUUGUUGCAGGCAGAAGGAGCCAAAAUAGAGGAAGAAACAGAGAACAUGGCUGACACUUUCCUUGAUGGCGCUGUACCCCUGGACGGCUUUAUCGAUGAGUACCAGAGCAAGCGCAAACUGGCUCACCUGCGAAGGGUGAAGAUCGAGAAGCUUCAGGAACUGGUGCUGAAAUCGCCAACGACGGUUGUCCAGGUCGCUCGUCACCCCGAAAUAGCAUCCGCACCUGCUCCCCUCCAGAAUGAGCCCGAUAGUGCCCCAGCACCACAGCCCAGAAGAGCCCCUCCGCUACCCCCCAUCAAAAAUCUCAGCCCUCAAUCUCAGCCAGCUCCAGUAAUGGUCUGCCCUGCUGCCCCUUACCCACCAAUUCCACCCCGAGCGAGACAACCCCAACCCGCUUACCCUUCUCUUUGCAUUUCACAGUACCCCCCACCAGUGCCACAGAGAUCUGCCCCUCGGAUGGCUCCUCAACCGGGAUUCAUCUUGCAGUGAUCUUUCGACUCUUGCAUCCUUUUGGGAAGGAACUAUCUAUGCACUGGAUGUCCAGCUGUGCCUUCCUGACGGUCCUCCUGCUGAGUAUAUCACGCAUGGACAUGCUGGACACCUAUUCAGAUGGGGGUUGUCUAGACUGAUUGGAAAGUAAUGUCAGCAAUGGUACCUUUUGUUUUAUUUCGCACUUUAGACUUUUGUUCUUCUGGAAUCGGGAUCUAAUACAAGAUGUCUGGCAACCUUG